AUGGUACACCACGUGGGACAUGCCACCUUGAUGAGUCCAACCGCAGUGGUUCUUUGGAUGGUCGCAGGGAUGGCCUGGACAUUCAGAGAUCAUACCUGCCCAUGCAACCAACGAUUUCCAACUGACCUUUACUCUAAAGAGAACCUCAUAGACGACCUGAUGUAUGAAGAAAACAGGCUGUCCAGGCUCACACAGGCAGAGCGGAGAUCACCGGAUGUCCUGAGGGGAACGGUGCAAUUUUUGGCUUACGUCAGGGACUACUUGACCUAUUAUCAUAAAGCGCUAUCAUGCCCAAGCAACUUCCUGAACGCCGGAGGCAACUGCCUGUACCUUGCCAAGGACAAUAAAAUGGAUUGGGAUAAGGCUCGGAUUUUCUGUCAGCAGAUGGGAGGAGAUUUGGCCGUAUUCAAAGAUGCCAAUGAAUUUGCUGCAGCUCUAGAUCUUGUAAAAAGUUAUAAUUUUGAUCCGGAAACGCGUGUAUGGAUAGGCGUUGAAGACAAGAAACAGGAGGGAGUUUUUGUCUUGAUCACGGGUGAAAAGAUGAAGAAGGCGACGCCAUUUUGGGGCAGACAUCCUUUCGUCAAAUAUGGCACUCACCAUGACUGCGGCUCGCUCUAUGGGAGGGACGAUUACCUGAUACAUGAAACGAUUUGCAGUUCGAAACACAUACCUCUCUGUCAGAUCCACUAGGCCUCUUCUGGUUCCACUCAAAGCCCCGUUCCGAAUCUCCUCUUAAUUGCGCUUAUGAGUUUGCAAUCAAAAGAUAGCAGUGUACAUCGCAUGCUGAAAAUGUUCAUCAACGGAGAUUUCAGAAAAUGAUGCUCAUUUGUGUUAAAGGAGUCUUAAAUUGAAUAAUCUGAGAUAUUUAAAGAAAAAUAUGUAUUUUACGAAAAUCACAACACGGACCGGUCUAUAAUUGCCUAAAAUGUACGCACUCUUUUAUUUCAUAUGACCUGAUAAGCAUCAUUCCCGUACUACCGUGGCAACCUAUUUCACUGUUAUAUUCGUCAAAUAUUCUUUUCUUGUACGCCCCUGUGGUUGUGUUGUUG